AUGCCUGGUGAAAGCGGGACGCGUAUUCAAGAUGAUAUGCAAACAACUGCCCUUUCAAACGAUGAUCAAUAUCGACAAUAUCUGUCUGCUACAGUAAAUGAAGACGCAUUCUAUCGAUUACAUGUUCAGCUUGAUUGUGGUGGACAUUUGAGCGGAGAUUCACUUGACAAUCCCUGCAGUCGUUUUUUAAGUGUGACCGUAUGGAUUGAUUUCAACGAUAAUGAAUUGGAUGAAUCGGAAAGUCGACCUCUCCAACCCGCUUGGUCAAACAAUGAUGUUCCUACGGGUAUAUAUAAUUUGGACGUAUAUAUACCUAAAAUUGAUGGCAGAAAUACGAAAGCUGGAUCUCAUCGCAUGCGUAUUACUGUGAUGCCAAGCGAAGAUUAUCAAAGAGACUGUGGCAGGUUUUCGUACAAAGAAAUACGAGAUUAUUCAAUCAACAUUAUUCCAAUAAAGGAAAUUAAAGUUGAAACAACGACUCGAUUUAUCUGCCCUAUAAACAUCGCUAAAAUUACUCUUGUUAUCAUGGCUGGAGAAAAAGGAACCGAGAUACGCGAUGAUAAACCAGUGACUUCAUUAUCACCUAAUUAUAUAAAUCAGCAUCAUAUGGCUGUUACACUUUUUGAACACACUGUCUAUCUGCUACGCAUCCAAUUGGAUUGUUCCUCUCAAUUGAAGACUCAAUUAACUCCAACUGGUUGUAAUCUUGCUCAAGAUGUGAAUGUUUGGAUUGAUCUGAAUGAUGAUGGAAAAUUUGACGAUUCAGAAAUCGGAGCUCCUUAUCGUUGGCCAGUAACUAGUUACAUGGCAGAAGGCAUCUAUGAUAUACAAAUAUAUGUACCAUUGAUCGAUAGCAGAUAUAUGAAAAAUGGGCAACAUCGAAUGCGCAUUUCUGUCUCACCAAGUGAUUAUUAUCAACGACUUUGUGGCGAACAUAAUUACCUCGAGACGCUAGAGUAUAUGGUCACUAUUAUUCCAAGAAUGAAAUAUUCUUGUAAGUAUUCUUCUGUCUAG